AUGUGUGGCAUCAUCGCCCUUUUAUUGGCUCAACAAAAUGCUCUUGCCGCUCCUGAAGCCAAUGAAGCUCUAUCUUUGCUUCAACAUCGUGGUCAAGAUGCGGCAGGUAUCGUUACUUGCGGUCCUGGAGGUAGAUUUUACCAAUGCAAGGCAAACGGAAUGGUGAGGGAUGUCUUCACUCCUGCCUCGCUCUCACGUCUUUUGGGUAAUAUGGCUCUCGGUCAUACACGUUAUCCAACCGCAGGAUCUUCAAAUCAUGCUGAAGCUCAACCAUUUUACGUCGGUUCUCCAUACGGUAUCGUAUUUGCACACAAUGGUAAUUUGACAAAUACGGACGAAUUACGUCACUUCCUUGACGAAGACGCUCAUCGUCAUAUUAACACAGACAGUGAUUCGGAAGUCUUGUUGAACAUUUUGGCAAACAACCUACAAAAGACAGGUAAAUUCCGUAUCAAUGAAGAAGAUAUCUUUACCGCCAUUCGGGAUUUGAUGAAACAAUGCAGUGGCGGAUAUGCUUGUGUUGCCAUGAUUGCUGGUUUUGGUAUUAUUGCUUUCCGUGAUCCGAAUGGUAUUCGUCCUUUGGGAAUGUGCUCUCGAAAGGCGGAAGGGGAAAACAAUAGUGCUCGUGCAGGUCUAGGACGUGACUAUUGUUUCACAUCCGAAUCUGUCGUUUGUGAUGCUCUCGGCUUCGAAGAUUUUGAAGACGUUCAACCUGGUGAAGCUGUCAUUAUCACAAAAACAGCCGUAUCACGUAGAGUCUUGGCACCCGGUCAAACAUUCGCACCUGAUAUCUUUGAGCACAUUUACGUAGCCAGAGAAGAUUCGGUAAUCGAUGGUAUUAGUGUUUACCAAGCAAGAAUGGCAAUGGGAGAUAAAUUGGCAGAAAACAUUCGCAAAGUGCUAGCAGAUCGCGGAGAAAAGGUUGAUGUCAUCAUGCCUGUACCGGAUUCGGCUCGUGUUGCUGCUCUUCAAGUUGCUCAAAGACUCAACUUGCCCUAUCGCGAAGGUUUCGUAAAGAAUCGAUACAUUGCAAGAACGUUUAUCAUGCCUGGUCAAGCUUUGAGACGCAAAAAUGUUCGUCGUAAAUUGAAUGCAAUGGCGAUCGAAUUUGCUGGAAAGUCGGUCAUGUUGGUAGAUGAUUCAAUCGUUCGUGGAACCACAUCACGAGAAAUCGUUCAAAUGGCUCGUGAUAAAGGAGCAACAAAAGUGAUCAUGGCAAGUUGCGCUCCACCAAUUCGUCAUCCAAAUGUGUAUGGUAUCAACAUGCCAACCCGACGUGAAUUGGUUGCGCAUGGAAGAACGGACGAAGAAAUUGCACGAGAAAUUCAAGCUGAUUUGGUGAUUUACCAAACAUUGCCUGACCUUGUUGAUUCAGUACACAGCCUGAACCCUUCCAUUAAACAGUUCGAAUGCAGUGUAUUUGAUGGAAAAUACGUCACAAAUGUAACGGAAGAUUAUUUGGCUCAUUUGGAAAGUUUACGUAGCGAGAAUGCAAAGUCAAAAACGGCUGCAACAAUCGUUAAUGUGAACAUGGAAACAGCAAAUGAUCCUUUGGUAAGCCGUCGUCCAAGUUCGGGUGCUCUUAACGGAGGUUCCGUCUUUGGCAUGGAAGCGGCAAAUGGCAACGGCCAUGCGCACAAGAACGGAAAUGCAUUUGAAGGUUGCAGCGGACCUCUAAACGGAGCUGAUGCUGCUGGUGCAGAUGGGGGAGAUGAUAUCAGCUUAUACAAUUCUUACACUCGCUAA